AUGGCGUCUUCGACUACGGCGGCAUUCAUUUCCAGCUCAAUAAGCUUGAUGCUCAGCUCGACCAGCUCGACGGAUUUAACAACGACCUCCACGACCUCCACAACCUCCACAACCUCCACAACCUCCACAACCUCCACCAGCUUCACCAGCUCCACCAGCUUCACCAGCUCAACGCCGUGGACUUCCUCGAGCAGCCAAACGUUUGAUCAUGGCAACCAAUCCAGCACCACGAUGGCCUCCACGCUUGCAAGUGUGCUGCCCGGCGCUGCAGCCAGUUCCGAUGUGCCUGUCGACACAGUGUCAGACACGAGCAUGGCCAUUUUGAUUGCCAUGGCCGCCGUUAUGUUGCUCCUCUUUGUUGUGCCCUUGGUCAUCAAAAUCUUGGGUUGCACACGAUCCACAGCCAAAGACACUCAACAUGCCGCACAGAAUCGAAGCUUUCAACGCACCAGGGCCCGGCUUCAGCUCACUUUGGUCAGCAUGGCCUUGCUCUACAAGCUCAUCAUCAUCAUUUGGAGCCUCUAUCAGUUUGGCUCUGCUCUACGCGAUGCCAAUGAUCUCAUCAAUCCCUCUGAUAGCGACGACGACGCAACAACAGAGAGCUGCAUCGGCGAGCUCAAUGACGCCCCAACCCCAGUGUGCUGUCAAGAUCCCUCGGUGGCUCAGGAGAUGGCCUGGGUUCUGGUCAUGGUCUCUGCCUGCAUCACCAUCCUGGGCUUGGGCGACGGCGGCUUUGAGCUGCUCCCGGCCCUGGCGGCGGUGAGCCUGAGUCUGACGCUACCCACCCUGGUUUUGACUUGGGUCUUUGGCUAUGAGCGGACAGAUCGCGAGAGCAAUGAUGCCCCCAACUGCCGUCAGAGGUCGACAUCCAAGGACGAUGGUCCAAGUCCCACAAUAGUGCCCAUGACCAACUUUGGGGCCUGGGCCGCUGGGCCUGCUUUCGACAACGACACAGGAUUUGGCGACAGCGAAACAGACACCAUGUCUGAUGUGUCACGUGGUCGGCGCAUCACCCAGUUGGCACCCGAAGCAUCCGAAGAGGACACACGGGCACGCUUACAAAUGGGCGGUGCCAAGUUGCGCCGCAACAAGGAUGGCUUCCUCGACUUCGAAGUCACAGCAGUACCAGAUGAGCAAGCCGAUCCGACCCCCACCAUCACGGGCUCGCUGAUGAAGCUUGAGGCAGACGAUUUGGCAAGCCCGGAACUCAGCACCCUGACAACCCUUGAUCUCUCCAAUAACAGCAUCGGUGCUCUGACCGCGCACACGUUCGCCACCCUCACUGCUCUCCGAACAUUGCGCCUUCGAAACAAUCCCAUCACCAGCCUGGCGGGCAGCGCAUUCGUUGAGCUCCUCAACCUCCAGACGCUGGACCUCGAGGACAGCUCCCUCACGACGCUUCCGGCUCAAGCCUUUGCUGGCCUCUCGCGCCUGACGAGUUUGGCCCUCAAGUCCCGCGCCAAGAUUGCCAACAUGGCCGUCAAUGCCUUUGUCGGUCUCGACCGCCUCCCAGAGCUCGACCUCUCUAACCAAGCCAUUCAGGAGAUUGAUAUUGGCAUGUUUUCGGGCCUAACCUCUCUCACAAAACUGGACCUGUCCAACAACCGCCUCAAUACAAUCCAGAGCACCGCCUUUAAUCCACUUGAGAAUUUGAGCGCGCUCAAUUUUGCCGGUAAUCCUUUCAAUGGGGUGGCAGCCAGUGCUUUUCGGGGUCUGACUCAGCUGACCGCGCUCAAUCUUUCCCAUUGCAACGUCUCCACCCUUAUCGGCGGCACCUUUGAGACUCUAUCCCGAGUCACCUCACUUGAUCUUUCGGGCAUCAAGCUGCGUACCCUGCCCAGCCAGGCCUUUGCCGGCCUCUCGGCCUUGCCCGAGUUGGAUCUCAGCAACAUGCGCAUCACAACUGUGGCUGGCAACGCCUUUGCAGGUCUUGAUGCCCUCACCACCCUGAAGCUCCUCGGCAACCCUAUCACAACGAUUGAAUCCUCAGCCUUUGCCAACCUCCCCGCGCUCAAGGCCCUCAACUUGAGCCACUUGGGACUUUCAGUGCUGCCCGCCAACACCUUUGUCAACCUUCCGGCGCUUCAAAACCUCACCCUAACCGGCAAUCAGCUUGCCACCCUCGGUGCCAGUAACCAACCGGCCUUUGUUGCUUGCCCACGCAUUCGAUCCUUGGAUCUUUCAAUGCAAAAACUGACCGCCAUUACAGCCCAUGCCUUCAGUGGCCUCACUGGCCUCACCUCCCUGAACCUUCGCAACAACCUCAUCACCUCAUUGGCCACUGGCGCUUUUGCCAAUCUCUCCGCUGAGUUGGCGUCCAACGCGCCCUCGACACUCGCUCAUGUGCUAUACUUGCUUGUUUGCUUUGCUGCCUUAAUCAAAUGUCAGGUGACGCAACUUGAUAUUCGGAACAACAAGCUGACCGCCCUCGCUAGCUCAUCGUUUGACGGCCUCAGCGCUCUCCAGUCCUUGAGUCUGGCAAACAUGGCCAUCACCAAGCUGCCCCUGGGCGUUUUCAGCGGCCUGAACGCACUUCAAGUGCUGCGCUUGGACGGCACAGGUGUUCAAGAGAUUGGGGCCAUGGUGCUUGCUCCUCUGUCGCAGCUAUCCACACUGUGGCUGAACAGCUCGCAGCUCACUACCAUCACCACAAAAUGGCUGGCAAGCAAACCUCACCUGAUGCAGGUCGACCUGUCCCACACACAGUUGCAAAAAGUGCCCACUUUUGCUUUUGAAGACCUGCCUGCCCUCGAAGCCAUCAACCUUGAUAACACGGCGGCACUGACGACGGUCGAAGGCAGCGCUUUUGCCAACCUGCCCCGACUCCAAAGUCUGGUCGUCUCGGGUGGCAGCCUGGAAACAUGGGCCAGCAACGCUUUGGUUGAUUGCCCCAGCCUGACGACCCUAACCAUUAGCCACCAGCGCCUAGCGGCCUUGCCGACCGAGGCAUUUGCUGGUGCUUCUGGCCUCCAAGCACUAGACCUCUCAUAUAACAACAUCUCGGACAUUGGGAAGAAUGCUUUCGUGGGCCUCAAUAAUCUCACUCAGCUGCAUAUUGAGGGUAACCCCAUUGCCGUGCUUGAGGAAGGGGCGUUUGCUGGCCUGCGCCGCGUGCAAGCGCUGGAUUUGGCCGCAACUGCCUUCACAAUCCUUCCUACCAAUGUCUUCGCCAACAUGAGCGCCCUCGGCCAGGUCACUCUGCCGGCAUCCCUCGCAACGCUGCAGUCCAACGCGCUGGCUCACUUGCCCAUGCUCGCGAGCGUUGAUUUCUCCCACACCAAGCUGAGUGCGCUCCCCGAGUACAGUCUGGUGGACCUUCCGCGGCUGACCACGGUAGCAUUGCCACCCAAUCGACUCACUGCCGUGGCAGCCAACGCGCUAAGCGACUGCCCGGGCCUUCUCUCCCUUGACCUCAGCAAUCAACAACUCACGACCUUGGAAACCAACUUUUUGAUUGGCGCCACCCACUUGCAAGCACUCAAUCUCAGCCACAAUUCCAAGCUUGAAGCCGUCCAAUCUGAGGCUUUUGCGGGCUUGACGCGACUCACAACCCUUGACCUGACUGGCGUCGUCUUGACGAGCCUUGCGCUUCACGCGUUUAGCUAUUUGCGUAUCACCAAUCUUGAUCUUUCCACCACGCAACUCGCUGACCUGCCCACGGAAGCCUUGUGGAACCUACCGGAACUGGCCGCCGUGCAGCUUCCGGCCACACUAACCACAUUGAAUAAGCGAAGCUUUUACCAACUGCCCGCCCUACGCUCGCUUGACUUGCGCCAUACCAAGGUCAAGGCUUUGCCCACGGAGGCGCUGUCCGGACUGACCAACUUUACCCAGUUGCAGCUGGCGCCAGCUCAACUCACAAGCUGGGGGUCCAACGCCAUCGCUCAGUGCCCAGCCUUGACAAAAGUAGACCUUGCGGGCCAAGCUUUGACUCGAAUCCCCGCUUCUGCGUUUGCCAACCUGUCCCAUGUGGUUACCAUCGAUCUGAGCGAUAACCUCGUGCUGACCACCAUUGAGGCGGGCGCAUUUGUGGGCACCAAACAAGUCACCAGUCUGCAGCUGGUACACACUCCCCUGACCAACCUGACCAAUGGCUCUUUUACCACAUUGGGCGUUGCCACGUUGGAUUUGAGUGAUGCCAAGCUGACGCAGCUACCGGGCGACGCCGUGUCACAGCUUCCAGCCCUAACCUCCUUGCAGCUUCCGUCCACGUUGAAUGUGCUUGAUUCAGAUGCUUUUCAUGCACUGCCGAAACUUGUGACAGUGGAUCUGCGACCGACGAGCGUCUCUCAUCUUCCCACUGGAGCCUUUCGCGACCUGCCUGCCUUGCAGUCCAUCCAGCUUCGCGGGCAGCAGCUGACGGCGCUCGACAGCAUGGUUUGGAGUGCUGUGCCACGACUCACGGCUUUGAAUUUGAGUCAGCAGGCGCUCGUGAGCGUUGCUCCCGCGCCCUUUGUGGGGCUGGCUUCGCUUACACAGCUGAACCUGUCACACAGUGGACUGAUUCAUCUUCCUGACCAAGCUUUUGAGGGUCUGAGUCAUGUCACAAGCUUGGACUUAUCGGGCAACGCGCUUCAAUGGGUUGGUCAGGCCGCCUUCCAGGGAAUGGUUGCGUUGACAACGCUGGAUCUAUCGGACACUCAGCUGCUGGCGCUUGGUAAUGCCAGUGUGGCGCAUCUUCCAAAGUUGACUUCCCUGAAGCUGCCCACCACGCUGCGACAGCUGGCAUCCGCUGCUUUGCUCGAUUUGCCUCAGUUAGCAACGCUUGACUUGAGUGCCACCCAGGUACAGCAGUUGGCGAGUGGGGCGUUGUCGAAUUUGGCCAAACUCGAUUCGCUGAUCGUUUCACCAAGCCUGGAGACCCUGGUGCCGGGUUGCUUUACAAACAUGACUGGUGUGACAAGCCUCGACCUGGCAGGAACUCAGCUGGCACAACUGGAGGCGCAGGUUUUGACAGGGCUCCCAGCGCUGGAAACAAUUAACCUGUCAGUGUCCGCGGUUCGGACGCUGGGGCCCUUGGCCUUUGCGGGACCGACGUCGCUCUCUGCGGUGGACUUGUCAAACACGAUGAUCGAAGCGUGGACAACCAACAAUGCUUCACAGGGUCCUUUUUCGAAGAGCACGGCCAUUGUUUCACUGUCAUCGGCAGGCAUGGUCUUGAAGACUCUUACCCCACAUGGCUUUGAUGGUUUAUCGCACCUGAGUGCCAUGGACUUGUCUGCAGCAGACAUUACAAGCAUCCCAGCGCUGGCUUUUGCAGGCCUGAGUAACGUAACAGCCUUGCUGCUCAAUGUUUCUCGCCUGACGCAACUGGGCAGCCAGGGCUUUACUGGUCUGAACCACUUGCUGACUCUGGAUCUGAGUAACGCGCCCCUUGCGACGUUGCCAGCGAGCGGAUUUGCGGGCUUGACGACCCUACAGACACUCAACAUGAGCGGAGCGCACGUCACGGCGCUCCCAGCCGACGCCUUUCAGGGCUUGAAUGUUCAGCUUAAGGACCUGGACUUAUCGGGUAACAAGCUGGCUCGUCUCGAGGCAGCGGCCUUCAAAGCCGUGUCGGGUCUCCAACGCUUGUAUUUGAGCGGAAACCAAAUCACCCAAGUCGAUGCUCAGGCCCUGGGCGGGCUGUCAACCCUCAUUCACUUGGAUCUGAGUGACAACGCGUUGGCCGCCCCACUGAACGUCAGCGUGCUUGCACCGCUGACCAGCCUGCAGCAGCUCUGCCUGGGCAACGUCAAGAUCAACUGUUGCGGAUUUGAGAAACUGCGGGACGCGGGUGUGAUUGAUGCUGGGUGUGGAGGCGCUGCCGUGUGCAGCCUACCUGCGAGUGUGAGCGGCAAGCAAUUGAGCGCAACCUCGGGUGAACUCUGUUCGCCCGACAAUCCUCACAAGGGCGGAUCAAAAGCCAACAAGCAGGAGAUCAUUGAGAUUGCUGCUGGCUCUGCCGGCGGCGUGGUGUUGCUGGCGUUGGUCGUGGGUGCUGCCAUCUACGCGCGAAGAAAGAAUCGCCGCAGUGGCGAGACAGCGCCCUUGUUGCGCGAGCGCGAGGCUAACCUCCAACGUCGGGCAACGCCUCGCCGCCGUGUCUUGCGCGAUGAACCUGAGUUUAUCGAGGCGUAGUUGACACACGCCUCCCGUUUUCUUGGCCCAUACUUUUGUCCGUGGUGUUUUCAUCAUAUUCUUGUCUUGUUGUGAGUUGAAGCCUGAUUCGGGUAUCGUCUUGCCGCUUCCGCCCUCCGUUGUCGUGCCCACGUCCUCAAAAAUUGAGCCAAGUAUGCUGUGUGAAGCUCUCAGCAACAUGAUCGCC